AUGUCUGCUCCAAAUGAGCCGCAGUCGUUCACUGAUCCAGCGUACUGGAAAAACUUCUUCGCCAAAAGGAAAUCACCAUUCGAAUGGUACGGAGACUACAAUUCGUUGUCGAAAGUAAUCGAUAAGUAUUUAAAACCAAGUGAUAAAUUCCUUCAACUUGGAUGCGGUAACUCCGAAUUGGCCACUCAACUGUACGACAAUGGAUUCCAUAAUAUUCACAGUAUUGAUGUGGAACCCUCUGUUAUUGCCGCACAGAUUCGGAAAAAUAAGGAAAGACCCGGGAUGCUGUUCAGUACUGGAGAUGCUGCUAAUCUUACAAUGGGCGAUGGAGAACUCACAGUUGUUCUAGACAAGGGAACUCUCGAUGCUCUCCUUCCACCAGCUGCAUCAGACGCUGAUAGAGCUACAGUGACAAAAAUGUUCGAUGAGGUUCAUCGAGUACUCGCUUCCGGAGGAAGAUACAUCAUCGUUACGCUUGCACAGCCACAUAUUACCGAAUUCUGGAUUGAUCAUUUCUUCCCGCUCAAGCAAUACAUCCUCCGAGUGCAGAAGGUUGAGAACAAAGCAUCGGGAUUUCCAAUGCCCGUGUUCUGUUUCAUCGCCACGAAAAUGCGUGCUCCAAUGCCGAAUCCAUUGCCACUCGAAGUGCUUCGUUCCAGUUCAAUUCGAACUGACCGUAUUGAGAGUACUGAUGAAUUAAAAGAUGCCAUUCGAGGAGAACAAGAGUUGUCACAGUUCAUUUACCUCUGUUCCAAAAAGCUUGACGUGGAAGUAUCAAUUGAUUUCCAAGGAGAAGAUUCAUCAUCGGGACCGCGGUACCGUGUUUGUGUCGUCGAUAAUCCGGAAACUAAAACUAUCGAUACGUUUGCUGCGUUUGUGGUUCCUAUUGGAAGAGAUGCCGAGUGGCUCUUCGCUUCACCGAAAGGCAGAAAAGCUCUUCGUUCACAAUGUGGUCGUGAUCGUCUCGCAAUGAUUUUUCUCAACAGAAGCCAUCAAUAUGAGAAAGGAAUGGAUGGAGUGAAAGCGGACAUCGGACAUUUUGUUGGAAUGUUGGAUGUUAGAGCGAACGAUUCGGGAAAUUAUGAGAUCUUAUCAGUCGGUGGAGUCGAUGUCAAGCGAACUAUUUCAACUGGUCGCUCUGAAAUCAAUGGUGGAUGGAGUGUUGAAGAGAUUACAGUCGACGGAAAGAAUUGUAGAAGACUUGUUUUCUUGAACACAAUGAACUUGGUGCAAUCGGAAGCGUUCUUGAAAACCGGAAAGAAGAAGCAAACGAUAAUUGAUCUCGACCAGCUCGCCUGUGAUUUCCAUAGAAUGAUGAUUGGAUCAUUAGCACUGAGUUCUCAUCAACCACUUGCUAAACUUGAUACUCCGUGUAAAAUGGCAGUACUUGGACUCGGAGGAGGUCUUCUGACUGCAUAUCUCCUGAGACACUUCAGAAAAGUACGAAUCACUGCUGUCGAACUCGAUCCAGAAGUUGCUAAAAUUGCCAAUGCUCACUUUUCAUUCCCUCACUCGGAUCCGAGAAUCGAAGUAGUCAUUCAAGAUGCUUUGGUACAUCUUCAAGAGACUGCUAAGAAAUCGGAAGAAGAGAAAUACGACGUAAUAUUCGUUGACGUUUCCGGGAGUCAGAAUGCUGCACUCCAAUGCCCACCUCCUUCAUUCCUCACACCAGAGGCUCUUUCCGAUAUGAAAAACUCUCUGAAAGAACACGGAAUGCUCAGUUUGAACCUAGUCACACGUGACUCUGAACUAGGAAAAUCGAUUAAGUUGAAUAUCAUUGAGUAUUUCCCAACUCUUUACACGGUUUUAUCAUUCGAAGAUGUUAACGAGGUUAUCGUUGGACUUAAAGCUCCAAAGAACACUCUGAAGCCAGUCGUUCCUCAAAAAUUAAUCAACACCGUCCGCAAAGACUUGGGAAGUUACGAUGAAGUCGUCGGAGCGAUCUCGAAUAUUCGUAUGGUUGAUUAA